AUGGCUCGGUACAAGCUACUCAUGAGUAAUGAAGCAGAAGAAUUUGUUUCUGACGGCUCAGUUGAUUCGAAAGGAAGACCUAGUGUAAGAGCAAAGAGUGGAGGGUGGAGAGCAUGUUCUAUAAUUAUUGGAUACGAACUUGUUGAAAAGUUGGCUUUGUAUGGCGUUUUGGCAAAUUUAAUGGUGUAUCUGACGACCAAGAUGCAUGAAGGCACUGGAAUGGGGAUUUUGACCCUAACAGUCUCAUUGAAGUCUUUAAAACCACUAGAGUGCCCAUCAAAUGAAGGAUGUGAAAAGGCUUCAUUUAUGCAACUCGGGAUUUUUUAUUUUGCUUUAUAUCUUCUUGCUCUGGGUACAGGAGGAACCAGACCAAAUCUGCCCACCUUCGGUGCAGAUCAGUUCGAUGAUUUCCAUCCUGAGGAAAAAAUGCACAAGAACUCAUUUUUCAAUUGGUGGUUUUUUGUAGUUUUCUUUGGAGGUCUAUUGGGUCAGACAUUUAUUGUGUAUGUUCAAGACAACAUCAGCUGGGGAGUCAGCUAUGGAUCUAUCACUGGAUUCUUACUAAUAGCUUAUGUUGUAUUCAUGACAGGAUCUCCAUUUUAUAGAUACAAAGCUGUUACAGGUAGCCCACUUCAGCGAGUUGGAAAAGUAAUUGUUAGAAUGAUUCAAAACUGGAAAAUACAUGUUCCUACAGAUGCGUCUUGCCUACAUGAAGUCGAUUCAAAAGCAUACCUUAGCCAAGGCCGAUACCCCAUUACCUCCACUAAAAAUCUGAGAUUUCUAGAUAAAGCAGCAUUCUUAAAUUCGAGGCAUUCAAAUCCCUGCUCUGUGACAGAUGUAGAGGAGACAAAGCAGGUGAUAAGAGUUCUUCCCAUUUGGCUGACAGUCAUAUUUCCCAGUACAAUAGUAGCACAAAGUUUUACGCUCUUUAUCAAGCAGGCAAUGACAAUGGAUAGGCAUAUGGGAUCUAACUUUGAAAUUCCUUCUGGCAGUAUUGGUGUUUUUUAUCAAAUACCAAUGCUAUUAAUUAUACCAAUCUAUGUUCGCCUUUUAAUCCCCCUUUUCAGAAGAUUCACAGGAAAUCCACGAGGCAUUACUAUACUACAGCGGAUUGGGGUUGGUAUUAUACUUCAGGGUUUCGCUAUGGUAGCGGCUGUUUUAACAGAAAUUGUAAGAUUAGAUGUAAUUCAAAGACAUGGAAUUGCAGAUGAUAAGGAUGCAGUUGUUCCCAUAUCUUUCUUAAUUCUUCUUCCACAGUUGGCAAUAAUGGGAAUAGCAGAAGCCAUGGUUGAAGUAGGUAAACUGGAAUUCUUUUAUGAUCAAGCUCCAGAGAGUAUGCGAAGUUUGGGAAGUGCAAUGUAUGCAGCCUCUGGUGGAAUUGGAUCCUUCCUCACCGGUGCUAUUCUAACACUUGUGACUCGAGUUACAGGAAGACACGGGCACAAAAGUUGGGUACUGAAUAACUUGAAUGCCUCUCGAUUAGAUUACUUCUAUGCUCUUUUAGUAGUUCUGAAUAUCAUAAACUAUGCUGUUUUCUUGACCAUGUCUUGGUCCUAUACUUACAAAAGAGAACCUAGUGAAGCCUUGGGAAAAGAUUCUUCCAAAGCUACACUGUUGGUAGACAAUAGUGGUCAGAAUGAUGAAGGGAUUCAGAUUUAG